UGACUACAAAGCCGUGAGGGCUACAAACAUACAAAACAAAUAAAAUAAAGUGUUUGAUACCAAGAAAUUAAAGGAAUAAAAUGCAGUCUCUUCAAAUAAUAACUGUAUCGGUUCCAGAAGAAUGUAAGAAGAAUGGAAUAAAAGAAGAGGAUAUCAAGAAACUUAGAGAAUGGGUUAAUUCACAACCACAUUUACCCAGUGAUUUAAUAACAGAUUUGGAUCUUCUACUUGCAUUUAAUGCUUGCAACCAAAGUUAUGGUGUAACGAAACAGGUCGUAGAUUUACACUACACAUUACGUACGAUGUUUCGUAGUUUCUUCUACAACAGAUCAGUAGAUGAUCCUCGUGUAUUAAAAUCUUUGGAUGUUACGUUGUCAACGCCUUUACAAGUUCGUUCGCAUGACGGCUCGACAGUAACUUACCAUUGUCUACUUGAUUACGAUACUAAAGUGUUUGUGCUUGCCGAUAUACUGAGAACUGCGAUUAUGUUGUUAGACCUCUAUCAGUACGAAUAUGGUGCCUGCCCCGGACUGAGUGUUAUUGUUAACUUUCAAGGUUCAACACUUGCCCAUUUGGGAAAAUUGGAAAUUCUUGUAGUACAACAAUUCCUUUAUUAUUUACAGGAAGCAAUGUUUAUAAAGAUAAAAGAGGUCCAUGUAUUAAACGCACCGUCAUUUUUCGACAAACUAAUGUUAUUUUUAAAACCAUUUCUGAAGAAGGAACUUUUAGAGGCGAUUAGAAUACACGAGAAGGGAUCCUCAACGAUUGAAUCGUACGUACCCAUAGCUGGGUUACCAAAGGACGCUGGAGGACAGUACAAAAGUUAUAAAGAAAUUAAAGGUUAG